UAGUCUCGUAUGUGGCUAUGCCGAUGACAAAAACGGUGAUUGCACGAAUGGCGGUUGCAGUCAAGUCAUUGUUUUGUUGGGAUUCCGUUUCAGUUAACGAGAGUGUAAUUCACUAAAGUUGCCAAUAAAACAAUAAUAGGAAAAAACACUAAUAGAGAAUAUUACUCGCGUUUGAUUUAAUUAAGAGCCAUCGAAUUUCUGAUCCAAUAAGAGUUGAUCUCUAUAUGAAACCAUAUAUGUAGACUGUAGUAGUUACUUACAUUAACUAUUUGCAUGCAAGUUGUGUUAGUAGGUAUUUAUUGGAGAAAAUUAAUGAAUGCGGCAACAACCAAAAAUAUAAUGCAUGAGUAGUGUUAUGGAAAGCCACAAAAAAUGUGGAGCAUUAUGUUAGCAUCUCCAUCUUCUACUUUGCUUACUCAAUCAACAAACCCUAAGCUGUUGUUCCUUACAACUUCAGCGAGAAAUGGGAAGAAGAUGAAGGCAAUGGCUUCUUCCACCUCUCCAAAGAGAGAGAUAGAUCCCAAGAAAAGGAUAGUGAUAAGUGGAAUGGGGCUUGUUUCUGUUUUUGGAAGUGACAUUGAUGUUUAUUACAACAAAUUGCUUGCUGCAGAGAGUGGCAUCACUCUCAUCGACAGAUUUGAUACAUCAGAUUUCGCUGUUAGGAUCGCCGGCCAGAUUCGUGGGUUCUCUUCGGAUGGAUACAUCGACGGGAAGGAUGAUCGCCGUCUCGAUGAUUGCUGGAGAUAUUGUUUGGUUGCCGGAAAACGGGCUCUCGAUGAUGCUAACCUUGGGAAAAAAGCUGUUGACACUUAUUUGGGAGGCGCGGCUAGUUGUGACGCUCAUCACAUUACAGAUCCACACCCUGAUGGGCUUGGAGUAGCGUCUUGCAUGAUCAAGAGCUUGAAAGAUGCACGAGUGGAUGCUCAAGAGGUUAACUAUGUGAAUGCUCAUGCGACCUCAACCCGUGCCAGAGAUUUACCCGAGGUUAAGGCUAUCAAGAGAGUCUUCAACAACACCUCUGAGUUGAAGACCAAUUCCACCAAGUCAAUCAUCGGAGACGGACUUGGUGCUGCGGGUGGACUGGAAGCAAUAGCAACAAUCAAAGCAAUCAACACCGGUUGGUUACAUCCUACACUCAACCAAGAUGAGUUGGAGGCUGAAGUCACCAUUGACACUGUCCCAAAUGUGAAGAAGCAGCAUAAAAUAAAUGUUGCCAUAUCUAACUCAUUUGGGUUUGGAGGCCACCCUUCAGCCCUUGAGACAUGACGAGACAUCUCAUAUAUAUCCCUGUUUAGUGUUCUAAUAAUGUAACGUCUUUACAAGCACAUAUAUUUAUGGCAAGCUCUAUAAAUCUAUCUUCAAUACUCCUAUCAUUUUGUAUAUAUAGCACACUCUACUACGUCCGCAAUAUCCACUCAAAAGUUUUAAAAUUUUGUUUAGUUCUACUCCCAAAUUCUAUAUCUUGGAAGUUAAGAUGACGUCAAAAACAAGUUCGAUAGUAUUAUCUGCAUUCUGUAUUCAUCACAAUAAAAUACCCAAUUCGGCUGCACAAAUUCUAGUGAGAAAAUUGAUCGGUACUCUCUAACGAUCAACUCGCAAACAUGGAGUUUCUGGAGCUUAGAUCGUGUAAUAAAUCAGAAUAAUGGAAGAGAAAUGAAAUGAGGAGAUGAAGGCAAUGGCUUCUUCCACUUCUCCAAAGAGAGAAACAGAUCCAAAGAAAAGAGGAUAGUGAUAAGUGGAAUGGGGCUUGUUUCUGUGUUUGGAAGUGAUGUUGAUGUUUACUACAACAAAUUGCUUGCUGAAGAGAGCGGCAUCACUCUCAUCGACAGAUUUGAUACAUCAGAUUUUGCUGUUAAGAUAGCCGGCCAGAUCCGCGGCUUCUCUUCGGGAAGGAUGAUGAUUGCUGGAGAAAAUCAAGUGUUGUUAGAGUGUGAUUGUUACCUAAUUCCAAGUGUGUUUAGGAUUUGGAAGAUGAAGUCACCAUUGACACUGUCCCAAAUGUAAAGAAGCAACAUAAAGUAAAUGUUGCAGCUUGGAGGCCAUCAUAAUUCAGUUGUUGUGUUCUCGCCCUGUGACACAGUGACAGAUACUUUGCUAGCUCGUAUAUUUCAAAAUGGAAUAUUAGUAAACCUAGAUGGUUGGAAUUUGAUGUGUUGUUCUUGUUUAGGCUAGGGCAACUUCAAAAAGAGA